UGCUGGGUGGGAUGGAGGAGCUGGCAAUUAAAGGCAGAGCAAAGUUGGAAGCUUGGUAGCCCUUAGGUCAGGGUAGGGGCAAAGCUUGGAAAAAGGGUGCAGCUUUCAGUGAAAAGGGCUCUAUAAACAAAAGAUUCAUCUGAGUGAAAAGUUCAAGGCUUGUUUUUAUUGAAAACUGGCUCUCAGGGUAAUUUUUAAAUGGUUGAAAAUGUUUUAUAUUAGGAAUCUUGAAUAUUACAGAAAGAUCUCAAAAGACAUUACAGAGCCUACUUGGUAUAAAAAGCGAUUUGGAGGGACUAGAGAAGCUCUGGUUGAUUCUGUCUGGGGGAGGACAGGAUAUGUGAGGUCAUUCUGGGAAGUAGAGAGUAAAGACGGAAUUAAAGAGGAUUUGAAAGCAUAGCCGCAUGUUGCUCUGUGUUCUUGUGCGUGCCUGUAUACGUGUGUAACAGAAGGACGGUGAUACCCUGUUACUUGACAAACAAUUCAGCACUGUAACGCUGUCAACUUGGGAAGCAGCACCUUUAUGAAAGGCAUCAUCACCACCUCUGCCUCCAAGAAACAGACCUGUAAAGAUGUUUAUGUGGUGGUCCACUGUUUUACUUCUUGGAUGCAUUUUGCUGGGAGCAGAGGGGUGGCCAGUCAAGGAAGGAUACGACUUUAGACCCUAUCAGCCCCUAAUAAGAUUACGGCACAAGCAGGAAAAGAAUCAUGAAAUCUCAAGAAAUAAAGGGUAUUUUGGUCAGGAUGGCCAUUUUGGAUCAUGUGAAAACAAGUACUGUGGUCUGGGCAGGCACUGCGUUGUGAGUGGGAAGACUGGCCAAGCCGAGUGUGUGUGCAUGGAGCACUGCAAGCCACAUUACAAACCUGUGUGUGGGUCUGAUGGAGAAUUCUAUGAAAACCACUGCGAAGUGCACAGAGCUGCCUGUCUGAAAAAGCAAAAGAUCACCAUUGUACACAAUGAAGAUUGUUUCUUUAAAGGGGAUAAAUGCAAACCUACUGAAUACACUGAAGUGAAAAAUAUGUUACUGGAUCUACAAAAUCAGAGAUACAUUGCACAAUCAAAAGAUAAAUCUGUUGCUGAGAAAAUGGCAUUAAAGAAACUUCUUAUAGAUCAAAUGUUCAAUUAUUUUGAUUCAGACAACAAUGGACUUGUGGAUAUUAACGAGUUAUCUCAGGUAAUAAAACGGGAUGAGCUUGGCAAGGAACCAUCUGACUGCUCCGUGUUCGAUUUGCUGAAAUAUGAUGAUUAUAACAGUGACAAGCACCUGGACCUAGAAGAAUUCUACAGAGCUUUUCAUAUAGUUCAGCUGAAUCUGCCUGAAGAUCAAAAAAUAAGCACCACUGCAGCAACAGUGGGACAGAGUGCGGUCCUCAGUUGUGCCAUCCAGGGAACCCUGAGACCUCCUAUCAUCUGGAAGAGGAACAAUGUCAUUCUGAACAGCUUAGAUUUGGAAGAUAUCAGUGAUUUUGGAGAUGAUGGGUCCUUGUACAUCACUAAGGUUACCACAACUCAUAUGGGAAAUUACACCUGCUAUGCUGAUGGGUAUGAUAAGCUCUAUCAAACUCACAUUCUCCAAGUGACUGUUCCACCAGUUAUCCGAGUCUAUCCGGAGAGCCAGGCGAGGGAGCCAGGUGUGACAGCUAGCCUUCGGUGCCACGCUGAAGGUAUUCCCAACCCACAACUUGGCUGGCUGAAGAAUGGAAUUGAUAUCACUCCAAAGUUGUCCAAACAGCUAACUCUUCAAGCAAAUGGUAGUGAGGUUCACAUUAGCAAUGUGCGCUAUGAAGAUACAGGAGCAUACACUUGCAUUGCAAAGAAUGAAGCAGGGGUGGAUGAGGAUAUUUCUUCUCUCUUUGUGGAAGAUUCUGCUCGAAAGACUCUUGCAAACAUAUUAUGGCGAGAGCAAGGUCUGGGAAUUGGGAACAUGUUUUAUGUUUUUUAUGAAGAUGGCAUCAAAGUAAUACAACCAGUGGAAUGUGAAUUUCAGAGGCAUAUUAAGCCUAGUGAAAAACUCCUCGGUUUUCAGGAUGAAGUUUGUCCCAAAGCAGAUGGUGAUCCUGUUCAGCGGUGUGUUUGGGCAACUGCUGUUAAUGUAAAAGACAAGUUCAUAUACGUGACUCAGCCCACACUUGACAGAGUUCUCAUUGUUGAUGUACAGUCUCAGAAAGUUGUACAGGCAGUGAGUACAGAUCCUGUUCCAGUGAAACUACACUAUGAUAAAUCACAUGAUCAAGUUUGGGUACUGAGCUGGGGAAACAUGGAAAAGAAUUCACCAACUUUGCAGGUGAUAACGCAAGCCAGUGGGAGUGUUUCUCACCACACAAUCCAUACUCAGCCUGUGGGGAAGCAGUUUGACAGAGUGGAUGACUUUUUCAUUCCAGCCACAACCCUUAUCAUUACCCAUGUGCGGUUUGGAUAUAUUCUUCAUAAGGACGAUCCCAUGCUCCAGAAAAUUGAUCUAGAAACGAUGUCAUACAUCAAGACAGUUAGUUUAAAGGAUUAUAAUUGCAUUCCUGAGUCACUGGCUUAUACACAUCUUGGAGGAUAUCUUUUUAUCUGCUGUAAGCCUGACACCACUGGGGCUGUUCUGCCACAGCUCAUAGUGGACAGCGUUACUGAUUCCGUGAUUGGAUACAACGGCGAUGUGACAGGCACGCCGCAUAUCUCUCCAGACGGACACUACCUUCUCAGCAUUGAUGAUGCAAAAGGCCUCCUGAGGAUCCAGUCCAUAACAGUGAGAGGAGAAAUACAGGAUGCAUUUGACAUUCACACUAAUUUGCACAUAUCUGAUGUAGCUUUUCAGCCAUCCUUCACUGAAGCUCAUCAAUACAACGUCUACUGCAGCUCCAGCACACAAACUGAUGUUCUCUUCAUGGAGCUCUCUUCUGGCAAGGUGAAGAUGGUGAAGAGUCUGAAGGAACCCAUGAAGGCAGGCGAAUGGCCUUGGAACAGUAAGAACCGUCUGAUAAAAGACAGUGGCCUUUUUGGUCAGUAUCUCAUGACCCCUUCCAAGGAAUCUCUGUUUAUCCUGGAUGGACGGCUCAAUAAGUUAAAUUGUGAAAUCACGGAAGUUGAGAGAGGCAACACAGUAGUUUGGGUUGGAGAAGCAUAAGAAUCUAUGUUAGAUAUUUACUGAGUUAAUAGUUUUACAGUACAUUGCACUUAAAUUACACCAUUCUUCAAAUUUACACAAUACUAAUUUUAAAUUGUUAGGCCCUUCUAUAUCUGUUCUUUCUUUGACAUGUAUACAAUUUGAAUCAGCUUCCACAAAAAGUGACUAAAAUGAUGGCUAUUUGAUAAUGGUACUCCUUAUUAACUAUCAGCUGAGAUUGUGUUAUUUGAAAUAACUAAAUAUUGAAAUUGAUGAUAAGCAUAAUAAAUUAGUGUAAAAAAAAAGAAGAAAAGAAAAGAAAAACCAACCAAAAGAGCUUCAGGAAAUUUAAUAUGAUACUUUGUAUUUGUAAAUGGAAGACUUAAAUAUUAUUCAAAUUUUGGGUUUUUUUGCUUCAGACACAAAACAAGAGCUGUGGUACAACAACCUUUGACUCCUUAAGUUGAAAUGUUAUGUCCUGUCCAGUCCACUGUUAAAUCUUUUUGUGCCUUGAAGCGAAAGUCUCACAAGAAAGACAAACAUAGAAAUUAUAAAAUUUAUUCCCACUGUGGCUAAAGGAUUGCUUGUCAAUGGAAAGAAAGUUCAGCUAUCAAAUUCCAGGUGACAAGUCGUGCACAUGCAUGGACAGGAAAAAAAAAAAAAAAAGAAAAAUUGUAUUUGCAGUGUUUUCUGAUCACUGCAUCUUGGAGUUUAUUUUUAUGGUGUCUUAGUUGAGAAAGCUGCUUGCAGAAGCUUUACCUUUUUUUAGGAAAAAAAAUAGAUGCUAGGUUUUUCAGCUAUCAGAGGGUGUCGUCAGCAAGGGGUUUCGAGUCCACUGAAGAGAAAUAUUGCACAUCCUUUCAGAACAUACCACAUUCCUAAAACCUGGCAUCACAAAGCUUCAUUUAUAUCAUUGAGGAAACUGUUAAUUAAACAUAAAGAAAAUGCAUUUUAAGAAAAUGAGAAUUCAAAGAACUGAAGUCUACGACCAGUAGAAAACAUUUUUGCUUAUUCAUUGUACCAUUGAUUCCUAUUUGUUAAACCAUUUGGUUAGCUCAACAGAUUUUCUAGUUCUUGCAUCCAACUGGAUAAGUGCAAAAAAAAAGAGACAAAAACAAAAAACAAACAACAAAAACUUUGUAUUUUUUAUAGUUUGUUUACUUAGUAUUCUAAUAUAACACUGGUUAAACAUGUAAAUGGGAAAUAUAAGAUUCCCAGAAGUAGAAUAACAAGUCAAUAGAAAGCCAGCAGUGAACAUCUAUCCAGACUCAGAGCAAUGACUUAGAAGUUUGAGAGUAUUUUUAUUUUUAUUAUGUUUUUGCUAAAGAAUGCUUAUAAGCUCUUAAAAUGACCUCCAUUUACUGAAGGCAAUCAGAAAAAAAUAUCUUUUUUUAAACAAAGUUUUACUGCAAUUUAGAUUGUGUAAAAUUGCUUUGAAAUCUGGAAUUUUCUAGCAUUGUAAUCUUGUGUGCAUUGAGCAUUCUGCCCUGUGUGGUACAGUAGAUCUCUCUUUAGCUUGAGCGAACCUCCUGGUAAGUAGCUUUAACUGAGAUAAAAAUUUGCUUACAUUUCUAGCUACUGAAUCUAUUUUCCUUUUUAAGAACUCCUCUCCAUUGUGAACAAACAAUAAUCAUGUAAACUGUCUGUUACUCAAUUGCAGUAGUCUGUCUCAUGCAGUUUUUGUUCUGUAAUUUAUACCACGUGAAUGUUCUGUAUGUAGAAAAUGCUUGACAAAAGGAAAUAAACCCCAUAAAUUUUAAACA